AUGGCAGAGCGAACUGUCGUGAAAGAAGUGGGAAGUGGGGAGCGCGCCCCUGUCUCGGCGCCUGUCGCGAAGCAGAACUACAAGGGGUUUGUGGCUGGUGUAUUUUCGGGGAUAGCAAAGCUUAGUGUUGGUCAUCCAUUCGACACAAUAAAGGUCCGCCUUCAAACGAAUACAGAUGGACGGUUCCGUGGCCCAUUAGAUUGUACACUGCAGACAGUGCGCAAGGAAGGAGUGCGAGGAUUAUACAAGGGGGGCUUCACCACCGCUGGUCGGAUGGAUGGUUAUGGACUCUGUGUAAGUGGCUUGAAAUCGCCGAUCAAAGAUCAGACACUGACUAUAUGCUGCGAUAAUUUCGGCCAUGGACUUGCAGGUAUGAUGGCUGGCACAACGGUCAGCUUUUUCGCCGCGCCGGUUGAACAUAUCAAGGCUCGACUGCAGAUUCAGUAUGCUGCCGACAAGAGCAAGCGCUUGUACAGUGGGCCAAUUGACUGUACUCGCAGGAUGCUCAAAACACAUGGCAUCAGCGGUGUCUAUCGCGGUCUUUGGGCCACUGUCUUCUUCCGAUCCUUCUUUUUCUUCUGGUGGGGCUCUUACGACGUUCUCACCCGCUACAUGAAGGACAACACCAAGAUGUCAGCGCCCGCAAUCAACUUCUGGGCAGGAGGCAUCUCUGCCCAACUCUUCUGGCUCACCUCGUACCCAUCCGACGUGGUGAAGCAACGCCUCAUGACCGACCCAAUGGGCGGCGCCCUCAACGACGGACAACGGCAGUUUCGCGGCUGGAAGGAUGCCUGCAAAGCCGUCUGGCGCGAACGUGGCUGGAAAGGCUACUGGCGGGGCUUCGUGCCAUGCUUCCUUCGGGCGUUCCCGGCGAACGCGAUGGCCCUGGUAGCAUUUGAAGGCGUGAUGCGCAAUUUGCCUUGA